AUGUCACGAUUACAAGGCCUCCAACAAGCGAUCAGACAGCUGAACAAAGAAGCAGAAACAUGGAAUGAAGAAAUGAUUAAAAGAGAAAAUAUGUUUUAUAAAAUUCAAGAACAAGCAAAAAAGUACAAUUUCAAAGAAGGUGAAAUUAUGAGGUUCAAUGUAGGAGGAAGAUCCUUUGCAGUUCUGAAAGAAACGUUGACACAAAGAAUUAAAAACUUUUCACGAGAGAGGGAUGAUCAAGAUGAAUACUAUGAACCUCACAUGUUAUCUAUAAUUGCAUCAGGAAUGCACACAUUGACUCUGGACAAGGAUGGCUCAAUUUUUAUUGAUCGAGAUGGAAAAUACUUUGGAUAUAUUUUGAAUUACUUGAGAUGUGCAGGAAUGAUUCAUAAUUUUUCAAUGCCACAAGACAAACAUGCCGUUGAAUGUAUUUAUUUAGAAGCUCGUUAUUAUAAUGUUCAAGGUCUGAUGGAUUACAUUGAAGAAGAGCAUGCUGAUGUUGUGGAGCAUCUCAACGAAGAAUAUUCAGUGAGCAUGUUUAAAGGAAGUCAAAUUCUAACAAGAGAUCAAGGUGUGAAACUUUGGAUUAUGUUGUCAGAUGUCAUUUCUCAAAAAACAAAGCCGUCACUGUUGUUUAGAGCUUCAAGAGAUGGUUUUAAUGCGUCACAAUUUCACAACAAAUGCGACAACAAGGGCGCAACGGUAACCAUCAUAAAAUCAUCUAAUGAUUGCAUCUUUGGUGGGUAUACUCCUCUUAAUUGGAAUUCCAACAACGCCCAUCAAUGCAAUAACCAAACCUUUUUGUUUAGUUUGGUGAGAAGUAAUGGAGAAAAGACAGCAGUGAAAAUUAAGAAUGACGGUCCACAACAUGGAAAUCAAUAUUCCAUCUAUGGUGUGGCAGGUUAUGGGCCAACAUUUGGUGGAGGAAACGAUCUUUUGAUCUGUUCUGACUUUUCAUCCAAUUCCAACAGUUGCAAUUUGGGACAUUCGUUUUCCUGCCCUAACGGAUACCAGUUCAACACCACACAAGCUCAGUCUUAUUUCACAGGAAGUCGAAACUUUACAGUCAGAGAAAUGGAGGUUUACCAAUUAACUUAA